GUGCCCUGUAGUAGAACAACUAGGUGAAAAUGCACCACCAUGCCCACGUCAAGCGCCCAUCAAUCAUUUGCUCAUAACAAAGAAAAUUAGAUUGUGAUAAUUCCGUGAAAGUGAGAAAUACGGCAGGUUUUCCAGUCGGUUUCGAAAGGUCAUGUCUUCAUUCGAUGCAGAAAGUGCGCCCACAAGCAGACAUGGAAGCGAGGUUGGACAUGAGUUUCUUUCAACCAGCGGGCUGGCAAUGAGUUUUCCAAAUAUGGAUAAACUGGACGGAGACUUUCACUUGAUCACCGACUCAAAAUUGCCACGGCCAGCGCAAAGCGGCGCCUCUUCCAGUGAAGUUUUCCCUGCCUCCAUGAUGAAACAGGCCGGAAAGCGGCCGCAGUCAGCCAAAAUCGUGGCUCCGAAGUCGCCAAAUUCCCGCAGUUUUAGUCCGUUGUCCAGCAUUCCGCUGCCCAUCAGAUCAUCGGGCCCCAUUAAAAUUCCCUCUCUGCUGAAAAAUGCCCGAUCGACCAGCAGAACCAGCUCCCUUUCGGCAAGUCAUACCAGCACAGUGGCCAACAAGCAUACGCUGGAAAUACAGUUCCUAAACAGGAACAAGCGCUACUUGGAAUUGAAGAAGGAGCUGCUGGAAAAGCAGAAACCCGUCGUUGAUAUGUACCGUAAUUUAAUACAAAUCAAAAAGCGGCUGGAUGAGUUGGGCAAGUUCGUUAAGCUCGAGGACUUCAAGUUGGUGGCGGUCAGUAAUUACAAAAAGCCGCUGAUUCAAGGCAGUGGCGAGCAAAUUCCUGCGGAAGUGGUCAAUCGAAUGAAGAGCUCCUUGGACGAAAUACCAGCAAAUUUACAGGAUGUGUGCCAAAACCUGCUGAGCAGAAGAAAUUUGAUAGUAGAACUUCUCGAAAACGUGACGCUGGGCAAAGUGGAGAUUCCCGAAGUGGCAGACCAAAUUGAGCCCCUGAAGAACGAAGGCCUCCAACUCCAGCACUCCCUUGAUGCGAUAAUUGCGGAACAUCAAGGCAAAAUUGCCGCGCUCGUAGCUGAUUGGCAGGCUCUACUAACCGCAAAGCAUUCCAGCAAUGCCGUCAGCGACCUGGAGCUGAAGCUGAAAGAGCACGACCGACUCGCGCAAGACUCAAACCAUGUAAUAAUCGAGCUGAAGCGAAAACUGGAAGACAAACGGGCCUCCUACGACAAAUCAGUGGCCGAGUUAAAUGGCAUCAUCCACACCUUGAGGGACCAAAUCAAAAAACUGGAAGACGAUUUGGAGCACGAAAGAAAAUCGGCUGUGGAUGCCAGAAGCAAGAACUCCACCAACUUGCACAGCCUGAAGUCCAUGCGGGCCAAAAUCGCCGAUCUGGAGGCCGAAAAGAAAUCAUCCGAUACCGCCAAUGCGGACUUGCAGAAGAAAAUCCGCCUGCUUCAAGACCAGCUCAAGCACAAAGAGUCGCAGUGGAGCAAGGAGAAGGACGAAAUGUCCAAAACAAUAAGCCGCCAAAGCAGCUUUCUCAAUAAAUUGAAUGUGGACAAAACCGAGUAUGAGUCCACCUUAGAGGCGUUGGAGGAGGCAAAAGUUAGCACUCAAGAGGAGCUGCAGACCACCAUCGAGGCGCUCAAUGAAGAGCUGCAGCGCACUAAGCAAGGCCUGGAGGAAGCCAACAGAGCAAAGGAAGAGGCUCAAGGCAAAUGCAGCGCCUUCGAGGGCUACAUCGCCAAAAUGGGCUUCGACUGCAAGGAGAAAAUGAACCAAAUGAGCUCAAGCAUAGAGUGGGGGCAGGCUUUGCGCAACCCCAAUUCCUCCGCGGCUGAAGACUACAUUGAAGACAUCGCCAAGGACUUGCGGAUUCGCGAACUACAAGACACCGUGCGCAAACUGGAGGCCGAACGAAUUUACCAGAUCGAAGAGCGCAAGCAGUUGCAAGAAAACCAAUUGCUCGAGCCAACCGAGACGGAGAAACAAGUCUCAAAGCAGCAGGAAUGCAUCACCAAGUACCACAUGCUAUUGGAGGAAAGCGAAAGUAAGCUGAAGGAAAAAUUCACCGAAGUGAACAAUUUGCAUGCGGAAAUUCGGCAACUGAAGGUGCGGCAGGAGGCGCUGGAAGAGCAAAACUACGGCUGUCCUACGGAACAGUUGCAGAAGAUGGUGGAAGAUGGCCGGCACAAGCUCAGCGAACUGAUGCGAAGGUCCAUAGAGAGUGAGCAAAAGCUCGAACACUACUCGAACCUGAUCGAAAAGCAAACCCAGCAAAUGAACGAAAUGGAAAACCUGCUCAGAUACCGCGAAAAUAUGGCCGGAGUUCUGAAAGCAUCCCGCGACGAAUUGGUGUUGGAAAAGGAGAGCCUGACUCGAUACUCCCAAGAAAUGCGAACUGUUCUAGCCGAAGUUACUAAGGAGGGCAAAAUGAAGGAUCGGCUGAUUAAGGAGCUGCAAGAGAAAAUUGAUUUGAGAGAGCGGCAAAUUGCGAAGCUGGAAAAAGAGGUGCGUGAACUGGAAACCAACCUGAUGCUCACAAACGAGAAACGGUUCAAGCUGCAGAAGACCAUCGGCUCUAUGGAGAAAGAGCUGCAAAGCACGAAGGCUCAUGUCAACCAACUAGCGGACAUCAAUAGCCGCAAUGUGAAACAGAAGCUGGUCAAACCUUUUUAAGUAUUUGUACAAUCAAACGCAGUGGGUUCGAAUUUAUGUAGUAAUCUUUUGCAAUAAAAAAAUGCCGUGACUCACUGAA